GUCCUGCCUUCUUGAUUUGUCUCGUUUCCGAACUUCUGCCCACGGACAUGCGGAGUUUGGGGGCCUCAACCGCGUUGUUAUGGUCAGGAAGCUGGAGGAGAGGACAUUCAAAGCGAAAAAUGGACAGGAAAUUGUCACGAGAGAAACGAUAGAAACAUUUCGUGGUAAUGAGAAAACAGAUCGAAAAUUUACCAGGUUAUUGAAGCCAAACUCACUAGCCAGAUUGCCUUCAAAUUUGUCCAAUUCGCUCUCUGAAGAUCCGCCACUGGAAGAGGAAAACUUCGAACAAAAUUUUCUACGUGCCAUAAACAAAUUAAGAAAUAAGCAUGGCUCGCCAAAUUUGCAUAUUUCUGAUCGACUGAGAAAUAGUUCGCAAAUUUUAGCAGAUUCCAUAGCUGCUGGAAAAUCUAUCAAUGAUGCCUCUAAAGAAAUGGAAGAUCAGAACCUAGGCAUAAAUGUAUACUGGUCAAGUGCUGGAACACCUAUUACACCUACAAGAAUAUUAGCUCAUUGGUAUGGAGAAGGAAAAAAUUAUAUCUCGAAUAGAGCAGAAAGUUGUGAUGACCAAUUUCGAUCUAGUAGUGAAUUUGAUCAUUCGCAAAGUGAACAUGAGAUGCAAGAAGUUUCCAAAAAACUAAAUGGCACAAAGUCACCCCAUGAAAAAAAUGUUUUGCAUAAUGGACACGGAUCUAACCUUAAAUUGCGCUAA